UAGGCGGUAACCAAAUGCUUCCAAGCAGCUCACAGGUACGGCUGUGAUCUUCAACAGGAUGCUCUCUGUCCUGUUGUUUGCGGCGGCUUGGGUUGCCUGCCUGGCAAAACCCAAUGAGUACUACUCAUACUCUCCAGCCCUUGGAUCAGGUGGAGGAACUCCCUUCGUGACCUCAGGAGAAGGAAGCAUCACAGGCGUGAAAGUCUGGGAGCACCCUGGAAAUUACGUUACCGGUUUCCAGUUGCGUUACGGCACCAGGUGGGACCGAACUAUUGGUCGCGCUUUCCACACCCCCCUGAGAUUGGACCUAUUUGAAGGAGAGACCAUUACUCAGGUGUCUGGAAAAUACCACACAUCCAACUUCAUCUAUCAGUUGAUUUUUGGGACAAGCAGAGGACGUUAUCUCAUCGCAGGCCAGCCAGUUCAGUAUUCCUUCAACUUUUACCCCGAGCAUGCGGAGGCGGAGCUUCGGAUUUUGAGUGGGCGGUUCAAUGGCAAUGGGAUCACAUCACUGGGAGCCCAUUGGGGGUUAGCCCCGGAGGGUUAUGGAAAUAGUACUUCCUAACCAAAUGCUUAAAAGUACAUCUGACUUUUGAGUUCUGAAGAUUUCCUAUUAAGCAAUAGAACACAAUAAGCAUAAUCAGAUCUUUGUUUCUGUGGUGUGAUUGGAAUCAAAACCUGGAUGAGUUAUAAGGUAGGUGUGUUUAGACCACUUCACUUAUGUUGGUAGUAAUGAUUGAGGCUUCAUUCCUAUGUUGCAAACUAAAUCCUAACUACUAGUAAUUGUAUCUUUACACUAGUCUCUAAAUUGAACUCAAGGCUUAUUAAAGGCACCCAGUGCAACUUUCGAGGCUUAAAAAUAAACAUUCAAUUUCUAGUCUUUUUUACACGUAGUAAGUUUCAAUAACUCCAUACCAUUACAUACCGACAUUCAAGCAGCAAAGAUGAGACGUCGUUGUGUGGUGAGAACUGAUAGAAAAUCGAUAACAACAACAAUGCCGCCAUUUUCUUUAUUUUUUGUAACCUACAAUAAAUAAAGCAGGCUUCCAGUCAAUGGAAAAAUGGCUUCUCCCCACCGGCGAUUGUUGUUGUUUACGAUUUUCUAUCAGUUCUCACCACACAGCGACGUCUCAUCUUUGCUCCUUGAAUGUCGAUAUGUAAUGGUAUGGAGUUAUUGAAACUUACUACGUGUAAAAAAGACUGGAAAUUGAAUGUUUAUUUUUCAUUGAAUGUUUACAUAAAGUUGCACUGGGUGCCUUUUAAAGUUACCAAAAGUUUGAUCAAAUAUUUUGCUGUCUUCAAGAAAUCCCAACGAUCGAAUCAUCGAUCGAUCAUUCUCCCAGAACAUAUUGUACACCCCCAAAUUAAAACCAUCCCUGGCCGAACGGUGACCUUUGCCUUCAGGGGUCAAUCCUUGAUACAUGUGAGAUCUGCCUCAACACUUUAUUCUUUUAAAUCAUGGCUCAAUUAAAUAUCCACAGAAGCUUGAGAUGUUAAAACUACUAAGGAAUUGUUUCUGACUUUGGUUUUGUGUUAGUGUGUGUCUGGUGUUUUGUUUUCUCUGACGUCAUAUUAAAUGUCAUGUGUGGAAAAUCAAUAAAAAGAUAAUGGCAUUUCAAAAAUGUAAGGCUUAAAAGACUCAAAAGCACUGGAAACAAAUAAGUCCGACCUAUGACCUUUUGCUAAUAACAGUGACCUUCCAUGAGGCAUUACACCUUCUCUCAAUCUCGCCUAUAUUCACACCGGGCUAGACAUCAACCGCAAGAUGGACGCCAUUAGUCACCACAUCACAAUCCUAGACCUUCCGUCUUCAUUCUCGGUAUUUGCCAACCAGACACGACUCAUGCCUGUUCAUUAUUUUAUUCCCAGUUACGUAAAUUAAUGAAGGAAUCAGUCCGUUUAGCGGACUGGGUGAUGGAGGGCCCUACGCGGCCCGGGCUCCAUGAAUGAUUAACCGCGGUAAUAAAUGACGCCGUGGAACCGCACCACUACGGUCCAAACCGCCCUCCGAACUUCCUUAUACUCUCUUCCUGUUCUGUUUUGUUUCAACCCAAACUUCCUCAGUCGAUAUAUGCGGUACAAAAAUACAGGUG